AGCCUACGCUGUAAUUAGAUGAAAAACCACAUUUUUUCAGUUGUGCUUGUGUCACUUUUAAGCGGGACGCGGGACUGGGCGGGAGUCCGAUAUGUUAUCUAUGAACCGCGUCGUCUAAAAAUGUCUAUUUUUUUUAUAGUCAGUAAUCACUAUAGACUAUAGACAUAUAAUAUAUGUAUAUGCCACAACCACCAUGACCUUUUUUGGCGUCGACUGUUAUCACUAGUUAGCAGUCUAGUUUAUUAUCUUUAUCUGUGCUUAUAUCGUAGGUCAUACAGUAAACGGAAAAAAUGGCAGAACCCGGCUCAACUAAAUAAAUGCCCGGGAAAAACUACUAACUAGUUUACAACUUAUAUAUUCAGUAAAGAAAUCUGUGUGUAAAGAUAAUACAUAUUUUUAUUACUMUCCAAUAUCCACAUUAUCUGUUCACUGUUGUGGCCAGUGUGGUUUUCAGGUUAUGUAGAUAACACACGACUAUACUUUGCGGCYCUGCAAUCUUAAUUUGAAUUUUAAACCRUAGUCGUUGUGAAACUUGCAGCUUGUGAUGUACCGUCGUACUGCUGUGGGUGCAUAGAAUAAAAAUAACUAUGGUGUGGUAGUGAAAGGCGAACGGAAAUUCCGGAUGAGCAGUGAUCAUUGCACUCUUCUAAUUGUAGGUAAAACUGUUGCGACAAUCAGCGUUCGUACUCUGUGACUAGGUGUCCCGAAUCGCCACCGCCACAAGCCUCGUGAGAUUGAUGAAAAAAACUGUCACGACUGUAAAGCUCCGGUCGGUCUUGCUAUGCGGCUGUCCAAACAGUCGGUCACUCUGCUUUACCUGUCGUCUUGCACGAUUUUCGCCAAUUUGCUAUUCCUCUACGGGUUCUUUUCGUUUGGCUACAACGACAGUCGCACGUCAACACCAAAUGAUAUCCCGUCGACCAUAUGGCCGAACAAAAACGACUCGGAACCUUGGCGUUUCGACACUCGCCGUUUGUAUCACAAGUCUGUGAACAAAGUUGUGUUGAUGGUAAUAGAUGGGAUUCRUUAUGAUUUUUUCACGGAAUCUGAAUAUAAUGUAAAUAUGCCAUUUUCUACUGAUCUCAUUAAACAAAAUCGAAGUUGUUUAUUUCGUACCAGAGUGAACGCUCCUACAGUUACAAUGCCACGGAUAAAAGCCUUAACAACAGGUACAGUGCCAAAUUUUAUUGAUCUCGUGUUAAAUCUGGAUAGUUCAGCUGUGCAACAAGACAAUAUUAUUUACCAAGCCCGUACAGCUAAUAAACGAGUUAUAUUUUUUGGGGAUGAAACAUGGUUGAAACUAUUUCCAAAUUCAUUUGUCAGAUAUGAUGGAACUACUUCCUUUUACAUAUCUGAUUACACUGAAGUUGAUAACAAUGUCACUCGUCAUCUAGAAAAUGAAUUAAAACCAACAGCCAAUUGGGACAUUAUGAUACUUCAUUAUUUAGGUCUUGAUCAUAUUGGCCAUACAGGUGGACCUCGAAGUAAAUUGAUGCCAAAAAAAUUGUCUGAGAUGGAUAAUAUUAUUCAGCGUAUUGUUAAUUAUAUGGAUUUUGAAAAAUCUGAAUUGCCAUCAGUUUUAAUUGUUUGUGGUGAUCAUGGAAUGCGUGAUAAUGGUGGCCAUGGUGGAUCCUCGACUGGUGAAGUAAUGGUUCCUUUAUUUGUUUAUUUUAAAAACAUGAAAUGUGGUGGAUCGAUAAAUGAAGAAAUAAUGCAAACAGACUUUGUGCCAUCAAUUUCUGUUAUUAUGGGACUGCCAAUACCUUUAAGCAGUACGGGGAAGCUUAUAAAUAAAAUUUUGCAAAAUCUUAAUAUCAAUGAAAUUCUCUUUGCAUAUCAUUAUAACUCUCAGCAAAUGUAUAAAAAUUAUAUUUCUAAAAAAGGUUUAAUGAAUAAAGCAUUUAUGAAGGAUUAUGAUCAUGCCAUGAUAUAUUAUUAUGAUUGGUUGAAAAGAGACACUGCAUCCAUUAAUGAGGCAUACCGUAUUAUUUCAUUGUAUAAAUCUGCACUGAGUGGUAUGAGUGAUUUUAUAAUAGGAUCAAUAGCUAAAUUUGACAUAUUCCUCAUAGUUGUCUCGAUUGUGUUAUCUAUACAGGUGUGGUUGUUGCUCAUAGACUUUAAUUCUGUAAAUAUCCAGUUUAUUAAAGUGAGUCGUUUGGUUUACUUAAUGCUAAUUCGUUGGGCUGUUUGUGUAUGGCUACAAUGUGACAGUGUGCUUUGUGAAUUCACUGCCACAUUUAAUCUGUUGGCCGGUAUUAUAAUCACAAUGUUUAUUAUAAACCUUGGUAGUUUUGGUUGGCCAAUUUCUAAAUUAUUUAGAUUAGAGAUUAGUGAUUUCAAUAAUAAUAACUUAUUUUAUGUUUUGCUGGGUAUAUUAAUACAUGUAUUAAGCCUAUUUUCAUCGAGUUAUAUCGAAGAAGAGCAUCAAUUGUUGUAUCACCUUUGGGCUGGAUUUUCUGCUCUUCAAGUAUAUACAACUUUUAAUGUGCAUAAUUAUACAAAAACUGCUAAGUGGAUAGUAUCUAUGAUUUUGCAUCGAUUUUGUAAAAAUCUGAAUAUGAUCGGUAAUCAAUCAUCAGGUGUUUAUAGUGUAGGAGAUUGGUUUCGUGAGUCCCAAAAUCAAAUUUAUUUGACAGUUCUAAUGGUUAUUGGUCUUUGCAGUAUAUUCUAUGCUUGUAUCAACAUUCACCAAAUCACUAAAAACAAUAAACGAUCUCAUAUAUUAAGUACAACUAUUUUAAUUUUAUACUUUUGGACUUUGUGCAGUGUUUAUAUGUAUAGGGUGGAAACUAAAGAAGUUUCUGUACCAUAUGGAUAUAACAUAUUAAAGUUAUUAUUUUGUUUGCAUUCGUGGACUUUAGCAUGGUAUUUAUUAAUUGGAUGUUAUAUUUUUCUUGUUUUCAAACAAACUAAUGGAAAUGACAAGUUUAACAGUGCUGUUUGUUCAAUAAUAGUGUUGUUAAUGCUACGUCUGACACUAUUACUAAGACCUCAUAAUAUAUUGGUACCUGCUGUCUUAGUGUAUACAUGUAAACUUCUUCAAUUUAAAAAUUGGAAUACAUUAACCUCAACUAUACUUCAUUAUUGGUUGUCAUUGAUAUUUUUUUUUUAUCAGGGUAAUUCAAACAGUAUUGGUACAUUAGACAUUGUGCCUGGGUAUAUUGGUCAAACCAGUUAUGAUCCUGUUGUUGCAGGAAUACAUAUUUUUACUCAUACAUAUGGUUUUCCAUUGCUGGUUUUCUUAUUCCUUGUUCUCAAUCAAAAAUUUUCAGGACUUCAAAACCUUUGUAUGCUUAACGUCACUCAAUCAUGUGUGUACAACCUUGUUAUUUUAUUUUUUCGAAAUCAUUUAUUUAUAUGGUCAGUGUUUUCUCCGAAACUUUUGUAUAUUGUAAUGUAUACGUGUACAACAUAUGUUUUUUCUGCUCUAAUUAUAAUUCUAUUAACUUUAUGUGAAACUUCUACUAAAACAGAAUUAAAAAUUUAA